UUUAAUAACAAACAUAAUUCCUCUUAUGAAUAAUUGGCACAUUUGUUCUGAAGAUUUAGUACAGACACGAACCAUAUCUACUUUCGUCGAUACAAUUUUAUCGAUAGUAUGUAAGUCACGUAAUUCUCAAACUGAAAACUGAUGUACUGGCGAUUUCGACGGUAACAAGAAAAAAACCGGCAACUGGCCCCUCUCAGGUUUCUCUCUGCCUCCAAUAUUUCUAUGGUCAUGUUCUUUAAUCUGUAUUCUUUUAAUCUGUAUUAGUGGAAAUGGGCAUUAAUAAGUGCGUACUCUACAACCUUACGAGUCUUCUCGUGGCAUGGUAAAAAUGGAGUAGAGCGAAGAUAAGGUUAAUUACAGUUCUAAUGGCAAUUGUUCAUAGCAUAACAAUGUACGGCAGUUGGAGGCUUUUCUAAGCUCGCAACUUGUGAGCUAGGCUCACAAGUGAGGACGUCUGUAACGAAGGUUAUGGGAUAAUUGAUACCAUCGCCGAAGUUUCUCACUCGCGAGGAGUAUGGGGAACUUUGGGAGUGACAUCGUAAUAUGCUUGUUGCUACUAUUUUCAGUCAGCAUCAUAUUUGGAACCAGUGAGAUUAUCAAAUUGGUCAUGAACAAUGGAGAAGAUAUUCUCAAGAUAUCUACAUAUAAUUGGAUUAUUCGAUUAUGUUUGAAUUUAUUGGGAUAUGCCACUGUGUUAUUGCCAGGUUGUCUUAUAUACAAAUAUGUACGCUAUAUAAAGUACAUUCAGAGAGGUGGAAAAGGUUGUAUUCCUAGACUGGUGCAUUCGUGCUUUGUGGGACACUGUGAGACAGGUUUCUUGGAUUCGCCAACUUAUGUUCCUAAUGCUUCCACUCACAUUCAGCGUACUUUUACUCAAGAUGCUCUACUAUUGAUAUAUUGUUUCCUUGGAUUACAAAUUAGUUAUUUGACUUGGGGCUAUCUGCAGGAAAAGAUAAUGACGCAGGAAUACGAAGAUGUUUCUGGCAGUAAAGCACGAUUUCAAGAUUCACAAUUCCUGGUAUUUGUAAAUCGCAUUCUUGCUUUUCUGAUGUCUGGAUUAUACUUACUUAUUCAACGUCAGCCACAACAUAAGACGCCAUUGUACAAGUAUGCAUUUUGUUCUCUAUCAAAUAUCAUGAGCAGUUGGUGUCAAUAUGAAGCUCUGAAAUACGUCAGUUUUCCAUCACAGGUUUUAGCUAAAGCCUCUAAAAUUAUUCCGGUUAUGGUUAUGGGAAAAAUAGUUUCGCAUACGUCAUACGAAUAUUAUGAAUAUGUUACUGCAAUUCUUAUUUCUAUCGGAAUGACGCUCUUUAUGCUGGACAGUUCUGAUCAUAAUAAAAACAAUGGAGCGACAACACUCUCCGGUGUUAUUUUAUUGGGAGGUUACUUAUUAUUAGAUAGUUUCACAAGUACCUGGCAAAAUGCACUGUUUAUAGAUUAUGGAGUAACUAGCGUACAAAUGAUGUGUGCAGUCAAUAUGUUUUCCUGUUUGCUAACUGCGAUGUCUCUGUUUCAACAAUCAAGUUUUCCGCUAAUUUUUUCUUUUAUGACGACGGUAAUUAAUUUUACAAUAUGCAUGUUAGUUCCUUAUAAUAUUGUUUACAUGAAAAUAACAUUAACAAAUUUUAUUGUACAGUAUCCCAGGUUUAUAAUCGACUGUUUGCUGAUUUCCAUUUGUUCUGCAAGCGGCCAAUUGUACAUUUUUUACACCAUUUCGAAAUUUGGAUCCAUUACAUUUGUCAUUAUGAUGACCAUUCGUCAAGGCUUGGCGAUAUUAUUGUCAUGUUUGAUUUAUCAUCACGAGAUUACUGUUAUUGGAGUGUUUGGAAUAUUGUUGGUAUUCGGCUCAGUAUUUUUACGAAUUUAUUGCAACAAUCGAUUACGUAUAAUCAGAAGACGCAGAGCCGCAGCGAACAGUAUAAAACAUUAAAAAUUGUAUUAGUUAGACAGAAUUACAAUCUUAAUUAUCAUAGAAGUAGAAUUCUAUUAACUGUAUAUUAUAAUUACUAUGGAUUAGAGUAGAAUUCUAGUAAUUAGAUAUUGACUGUAAUUAUGGAUGCUAAAUUUUAAUUCUUUAUUUAUAAUUAACAUCGCGUCAUAAUCUCUCUUUCCAUAUACAGCAUAUACUAUAUAUCGCGAAUGUAUAUCUGAAUGUAUCUCUAGUUUGUGAUAGAAAUUUCAAUCAUGAACUUUAAGAAAUAUUUGUAUUUAUAAGUUUUGUAGCCAAUGUACGUCGCGUGUGUAAUAUAUUUGGAAAAAUAUGUACUUGAAGAUACAUGUGAUCUGACAAAAACAGCAUUAUCUUUAUGAAAAGAAAAUUUGUGUUAUGCCAUAUGUAUAAAGGCAUAUACGUAUUAUAUUAUUUAUUUGAAAAAUAUUUAUUUUGAUAUAAAUGCAUAUACACAACAAAUACAUGCAAGUUUCUUACCAUAGAUAA